UUUAGUUCUCGAUUGCGUUCUGAAUAGUAUAGUCGCGUUUUUUCCGUUGCUUUUAAAUAAUCCGACUCGAUCAAUGAAUGAUUAGCCGCACUACUUGAAUAUACAUAUUUUAGAAACAGAGUGCGUGCCCUAUGAAUCAGGGCACCAUGUUUUCUAUCUCAAAGUACUUUCGAUUAGCCUGGAUCGCGGGACUUACUUACAUUCUGAUUUGUGGAUUUCCAUUUGAGUGUGAGGCCAGAAGUGUUGAUAAUGAGCCCCAGGACGACUCGGAGCGUGAAAACACGAUUACAGAUGAGACGGUGGAGUACCUUCAAUCCUAUGGCGCCAAAAUGAAGUCCUAUAUGAACUUCAGCGUCGAUCCGUGUGACGAUUUCUACGAGUACUCGUGCGGGAACUGGAAGAACGUGAUAAAACCGCGGCUAUCCAGCGAUAGGCGGAGUAAUCUUUUGGACAUUAUGUACACAUUGGCGGAAGUGACGGAUCAGAUUUUGACCAGGACAGAAAUGGCAGAGGCUUUAAACGUGUCCGAGGAAGUGGCGAUUGCGCAACGCUUUUAUAACGCCUGCCUAGCGGCAGACGUCAGUCCUCUACCAGCUGCCGACCCCGCUUAUCUUGCGCUUAUCAGGUCGAUCGGUGGCUUUCCCGCCGUGGACGGGGAUGCAUGGAACGCGUCCAGCUUCAGUUGGUUCAACAUGAGCGCUCACCUCACCAACUACGGGGCCAGCGGACUGAUCAACGAAGAUGAAGUGCCACACUUUCCUUUCGAACCGUACUUCAAACUGCCGGAGUUAGGCUUCGACCACGUCGUUCACACGGACAUAAUCGCCAACUCCAGUUCCCGGGCCUACAAGAUGAACGAGAAACGCAUGCGAGGCUACCUUAAGUCCUACAAUCUCACAGAGGAGAAAGCCACCGCCGUGGUCACCGGCGUCUUUGACUUUUGGCGCGAUGCGCUGGCUGUUGAGGACAAAUUUAAUAGCAGUGAAGAGAGCUGCAUUCUUCUCGACUCAUUGCAUAGCGUCCCAGCUUUUGGGCAGUGGAGGAGCUAUUACGAAAUCGCCUGGAAUGGCGUGGACUUCCACAAUGGUACCGAUAGUAGUGAAUACUGCGACUUUUACUACACGGAGCUCGACAAGGUGUGCGCUAAGCACCAGGAAGCUGUAGCCAACUACCUGUCCAUGGCGCUUCUCUACCGCAUGGAUGCCAAAGUAAAGGACGUCCAAGACCAAAAGGAAUAUUGCCAGCUGACCGUCCUAGGGUCGAUGGCCCAUCUCAUCAACAAGCUCUACAUGGCUAAGCAUUUCGACGAGGAAACACAUUCCGAGAUCUCUGCGAUGAUCAAGAAGCUGCGCGAAUCUUUUCGCCAGAUGUUGGAGCACGCCGAUUGGCUAGACACGGAAACGCGUCGAGAGGCGCUGCUAAAGGAGGCCAGCAUCACUCACCAAAUUGGCAGCUACAAGGACGAAGAACAUUCCAAUCUGCUGAUCCGUCAGUACAGAAAUCUAUCCGUGGUGGACGACAGUUAUCCUCAGAGCCUAAUUAACCUUCGGAGGUUGAGCAUCUCUCUGCGACGCUACAAUGGUCUUCAUUUCGAUGAGAUUGCCACGGACACCAAACCGCUGGUGCUGUUACUUGGGAUGCAGGUGAAUGCCUUCUACUACAACCGAGACAACUCAAUGUACGUAAUGGCUGGGAUACUUCAUCCGCCUGCGUAUCACCGCUCGUGGCCUGACUCCCUAAAGUUUGGCACACUGGGCUACCUGAUAGGUCACGAGGUGACCCACGGAUUCGAUACUGUGGGCGCCACCCAUGACAGUGAUGGUCAGUCUCGUAACUGGUGGUCCAAGAAAUCGGAGGCGGUCUUUAAGGAACGGUCUAAGUGUUUUGUGGACCACUACAGCACUUACUUGAUACCGGAGAUCAAUCGCAAGAUCAACGGCAACGAGACCAAAGAUGAGAACAUAGCUGACUCUGGUGGACUAAGGGAAGCCCUUGCAGCAUAUCGGAGCCACAUAAAGCAGCUUCAAAAGGGCGGCGAGGACAAUGAGACGACGGCUCCUCGAAGUGAUCAGAUGCCGGGCCUUGAUCUAUCGCCGGAACAGCUCUUCUUUCUCGGGUUCGCACAGCUUUGGUGUGCCUCCUACAAGGAGGAGCAUUUUUGGCAUGAACUGAAUAAGGAGCACACCAUCGACAAGUACCGGGUCCUUGGAGCCGUUACCAACAGUGAGGACUUUGCCGAGAUAUACAACUGCAAACUGGGUAGUGCCAUGCAUCCAAAGAGUAACACUUGUCGCGUGUGGUAAUGUUAUAAUGUUAUAUAUAUGUACUUACAUACCGAAAAAUGUGUAAUAAAAAGGAUGAAUAUAAAAAGAGA